GUUGAUACGUCAGAUAUUUGAUCUAGCUGCUAAAAUAAUAAUAUUUUGCUCUGGAAUUCAUUGUCGAAAUGGAAUUUAUACUCAAAAUUAUUUUGUGUUUGCUUUUGAUUGAGUUAACAUGUCUGACGACGUCGUUAGGAGUUCUGGACGGAGCCUCGGAGCAUUACUCCUAUAAAUAUAUCCUGAACGCUGACUAUCUGGAAGGGAUCGUUGACGAGGCAGCUGCCAGAGAAACUGUCAUUAUGGCUCUGGAUGAAGAUCAAGUCGUGACCGGCACACUCGAUGCUAGCGAUAAUAAAAUUAUCAUUGAAAUAUCUACCUCACAGUAUCGUAAAGACUAUUUUAAGAGUCUCAAUCGGAAGCUGAAGGAAGACAAUGUAGAUCUACCACCAGAGAUCACGUCCAUGAACAGUUCCCUGAACAACUCACUGCCACAAGAAAUACAGAUCCAGAUCGUUCAUACCCGUGCUUUCAAAGUCUCUCCUGAUUUUUCUCUCCGACUGACCGGAGAUCUGGGCGAAUUGGAAAGGAAAGCUACAAUUCAGUUUUAUAUUAUGUUGGUCAAUACAACAAGCAUUUCCAUCGUCUCCAACCCACUUCCGUUUCUCGUUUACGUGAAGAAAACCCCGAGAAAUAACGAGGAACACGGUGGCGCCAUCUACGCUGGAGUGAUUCUGUUGAUCAUCAUGGCGAUAUCACUGCUGUUACCGUUUACGGUCCGUGCUAAACGCAGACGACGAGCAGGCAAGCCAAUCUGUGGAUGUGGAAGCGCUGAAGGAAAUGAAGAAAGCUCUAUCGAAGAAAUUCAACAGAAGUCGGAACCGCAAGUAUUCGACAACCCUGCAAUGGUAUUCGCCAACGGUCAGCAAAAAGUCCGUCGUAGUUCGUUAGCGACUUCCCAUUUCCAUUACGGACCAAAAUGGCUGGAUCCACAUUACGAUACUUCGGCCACAACUUACGAUCCUUUAAAUGGCACUGAGAAACCAAAAGUUAACGGGUCUGUAUCGUUCAGUGCUCUACCAGCUGUCAUUGAAAAACCUUGAUUUCAACCUUGUGGUGUCUUUAUUUUUAUGUGUGAUUUUUUUUAAUUAUUUUUGUUGUCUCUUUUGUAUCUUUUCGUCAGUUUGUAAUUAAAGCUUUAUUUUCUACUC